UGGAGCGCGCGAGCGAGCGAACGAACGAACGAACGCGAGCAGCCGCGCCCGCCGCCGCCGCCGGGCCUGCCCUGUAUGCCGCUGUCGCCCGGCGCGGCCUCCGCCGAUCGCCCUCAGCAGUAGCAGAAGCAGCAGCCGCCGCGGGAAGCGUCGCCGCCGCGGUGGAUGUGGUUGGGCCGGGGCUGAGGAGGCCGCCAAGAUGCCGCAGUCCAAGUCCCGGAAGAUCGCGAUCCUGGGCUACCGGUCUGUGGGGAAAUCCUCAUUGACAAUUCAGUUUGUCGAAGGUCAAUUUGUUGACUCCUACGAUCCAACCAUAGAAAACACUUUCACCAAGCUGAUCACAGUAAACGGACAGGAGUAUCAUCUUCAGCUUGUAGACACAGCCGGGCAAGAUGAAUAUUCCAUCUUUCCUCAGACAUACUCCAUAGAUAUUAAUGGCUAUAUUCUUGUGUAUUCUGUUACAUCAAUCAAAAGUUUUGAAGUGAUUAAAGUUAUCCAUGGAAAAUUGUUGGAUAUGGUGGGGAAAGUGCAAAUACCUAUAAUGCUGGUUGGGAAUAAGAAAGACCUGCAUAUGGAAAGGGUGAUCAGUUAUGAAGAAGGGAAAGCUUUGGCGGAAUCCUGGAACGCAGCGUUCUUAGAAUCGUCUGCUAAAGAAAAUCAGACUGCUGUUGAUGUUUUUAGAAGGAUAAUUUUGGAGGCAGAAAAAAUCGACGGGGCGGCUUCGCAAGGGAAGUCGUCGUGCUCGGUGAUGUGACCGCCGUGACGCCCGGGGGCUGGGCCAUGCUUCCUUGGCUUCUGUCCACCUGAUAGGUGGCAUUGGGUCAGAGCUUUUUUUUUUUCCCCCUUUCAGAUUAUGUUCAACUCUGACUCUGUCCAAAUGAGUUCACUUCCAUUUUCAAAUUUUAAGCAAUCAUAUUUUCAAUUUAUAUAUUGUAUUUCUUAUUAAUAUUAUGACCAAGAAUUUUAUCGGCAUUAAUUUUUUCAGUGUAGUUUGUUGUUUAAAAUAAUGUAAUCAUCAAAAUGAUACAUAUUGUUACACUACUAACUAGGCUUCAACAUAUCAGUGUUUAUUUCAUUGUGUUAAAUGUAAACUUGUAAAUAAAAUAGCUGCAAACCUUA